AAAUAGGCCUAAUUGGAAGGGAGAUUCCAUGAGAGAGAGGGGAGAACGAAGCACCAACACGUCAGUCUUUACUGGCGAAAAAACGUACCAUCACCGCCUCUCUCUCUCUUUUCUCCCUCUCCUAGCGCCUCUUAAUAUAUACACGCACACAUUACACACAGAUGCCAUCAAAACCCUCUCAAUCAACCCCUCAAUCGAAUCGAUUUGUUCUCCCGGGUUAUGGGCUUGAAAUUUGAAGGAAUUUAACGUAAAAAAGAGAAUGCCUCUUUAUAAAAGAAAGCCAUUUGCUUUGGUCGAAAAGCCUGAGGAUCUAAAGCCCCAAGAGCUCGUCUUUCAAAUUCGCUUCACAAAAGAAAUCUUCAGAAGUUAUAAUGAAUAUCUGAAGCGAAUCAACUUAUAUCGCAAAAGAGUCUGGACAUGUAAAGCUACAGGGAAGGGCAAUUUGACCUAUGAAGAGGCCUUGGAUUCAGAAGACAAAGCUUCCAAAAGAAUACAAAAUAUACCCACCCAAUACAUAGCUCCUGUGCUUCGUGAUGUCCAGUUCAGCAUGCUGAAUUUAAAAGAUCUGGUCAAUUCAAUUGCUGUGAAGUUACAAGGUCCCUUUUCUGAGGGUGCUGAAUUGUAUGGAAGAAAGGAUGGCCGUUUACAUCUGUGCAAAAUUAUAAAAGUCACUGAGGAUGCUAACAACAGACAAUAUGAAAUUGCAUGGCUUGACAGCGACCAUAAAAGGAGUGGAAAGGCAUUGGUAAAUGGUGAUGAGUUGACUGGAAAGAAUCUGCCGUUUAGUAAACGGGUCCUCAAGUCUUUUAUCAAAGAUUCUACUUAUCGGAGUAUUCCUUGGGUUUUACAUGAUCAUUUAGCAAAGAAGCAUGGAAUCUCAACUGCUCCUCCUGAAGAAUUAAAGAUUAAAGUUUCCAUGCAGAAUGGACUUGUAGUUUGUAAUAGGAAGAGGAAAAAGACUGAAGAGACACAAAAUGCUGCGGAGGCAAGUGAAAAGAAGAUCAAGGUAUAUACGCGGAGGAAUAAACUAACAUCUGAACCCUCAAUGCCUGAAAAGAGUGCUGAUGAAGUGAAUAAGAACCCAGAAGAUCAGUCAAUUAAGUACCCUAUUGAUGACCUGCUGGUGCGCCCUUCCGAGGAAGAUAGGCUUUUGACAGAAAGGCCUUCUCCUUGCAGGGAUUUCAGUGUACCUAUGGAUUGUGUUGGGGAUGCUUUGAUGGUGUGGGAUUUCUGUGCUUCUUUUGGCCGGCUAUUGAAUUUGUCUCCUUUCUCCCUUGAAGACUUUGAGAAUUCUCUUUGCUACAAGGACGCCACUCCUUUGCUAAUUGUGGAAUCUUAUUCAGCUCUUCUUCGCUUGCUUGUAAAGGACAAUGGAAAAUUCGCUAUGACAAUGGAAAAGAAAAAGAGGAAGCCAAAGAUUACACAGGUCACCUGGGGUGAAUAUCUAUGCGAUUUCUUGGAAACAAGUUGCGGUGAUGAAUUAUCCACGCACAUAAGUACUAUCAAGCGAGGUCAUUAUGGCCUAUUAGAGAUUCGUGUGAAACUGGCUAUCUUCUGUGAACUGGUUGCUCAAGCUCUGGAGACAGAUACUAUCAAGGACAAGUUGGAUGAAUAUAUUGAAGAAAGGCAGGCACUUGCUGCUACACGGAGGGAUGAAGCACUGGAUGAAGGGAGAAAGAGGAGGGAAGAAAAGGAGCGGAGGAAGUCAGAAGCGACUGGCAAGGAAGUUAAAGAAGAGAGUCGAGUGAAACCUGGUGUAGGCUAUCAUAGUAUAGCCAAUGAAGUCACUCCGGAUAAGAGUAAUGGAAAAGUUCUUUCCCAACAGAAUCAUUCAUCUAGAAACAGUGAUAAUGAAGAAGGAGACGGCACAUCCAAGAAGAAUGGUAAGAAACAGAAGGUUGAACGUAAUCCCUCUCCGGAAGAUGUUAAUCAUCCAUCUAAGAGGGAAAUCCAUAAAUUGAUGAAAAAUGAGAUCAAGGAAUCAAUAGAGAUGAAGAGUGCUGAAGAACGGAAAUUAUUGCAGGUAUUGGUUUUUCCGACGUGAUGGAAGAAUAUUUGUUGAGAGCUCUGACUCCACACAGUGGGGCUAUUACCAAACCAAGGAAGAGCUUGAUGCUUUGAUUGGCUCAUUGAAUCCAAAAGGGGAGAGAGAGAGGGCUCUUAAAAAGCAGAUGCAGAAAUUUUACAACAAAAUAUGCUUGGAAAUUCAGAAGAGAUCAAAGGAGGCAACGCAGCAAAUUGAAAUGGAAGAGGCUCUGGUUCGGAGAUCAACUCGGGUUCGUGCCCCACCUAGGGAAAACCCUGCACUUGCAUUCCUCAAGUAUGUGAACAAGUGGAAAGAAUUGUAAUUGUUAUUUGUUAGAGGUACAGAUGCAACUAACCACCCGAUGAUGUGGGAAAUAGGAGGUGUAGAACCAUUGCUAUCCUGUUGAAAGAUAACAAUGUUUAUUGGGAUAUAGUAGAUAGUUCUAUCCCAGUCAAAAGCUUACAAAUUCUUUUGUUGGGACGGCGGUUUGUGAAGCUUGGGCGGCACAGGCCAUCAUUGGAUGGAAAUUUUGGUAAUAAACCACAUGAGAUUG